AUGACACAUUUACUAACGCAUCUAUACCGUUCUACUGGUUUCUUAACUUGUUCAUUGAUUCUUUUAACAUUUUGUCAGAUACUUCGCCCAAACAAGAUGAGCACAAAACCGUACAUUCCUGUGAAAGUAUUCCGUAAAAUGGACGUGGAAUCAAUUCUUAGUAUUGCAUUACCAGCACAACUGGAUAAAUACACUGAAAGACGUUAUGAUCAUCAUCACAGUCGUCGGACAAUGCUGUAUUAUCUAUUAGGAAUGCAGGGAACUGAAAAUAACGAAGAGCUGAUGAAAUUAAUUAACGACUGCAGACGGAAUAUAGAUUGGUCAGAGAUUGAAGCAACUUAUAACAGCUUAAAAACGACUAUCGAACCAUAUCAGAAACAGAACAACGCCGAACAUCUUGGUGUGUAUUGGGAAUUGAAAAGAAGUUUUGAUCGUGAAGGUGCGAGACGAUCAAAAGAAUAUAUAUCGAAAUAUCGCCAAAAUGGUUUUCUUCCAAAAGAAUUGAAAUUAUAUUGGAAUUAUGAUCAGAUCAAAAUGUUAAAUCAACCCGAUCAGUUCAAUCCAGAUACAGAUCAAGAGUCUCAUGAUAGUCUUGUAUCAUUGCCUGUUCACAAGCGACAAAAUGCUGGCAAAGUAGAAUACAUUCGAUCCGGUAUUGAAGAUGCAGUUUUUAGAGUUCCUGAUAAUCAUCAAGUUAUUGUACUUGAUUUUGCCGAUGAACGCAUGCCUGGUGGCUAUUUUCUUGAGAAUGCUCGUACUCAGGAAGAGGUCAUUCUCUACAAUUCUGAUGGAUAUCGCGCACUGUUAGAUCUAAAAUAUCAGGUCAUGGAUGGCGGAUAUAUGCUACCUGAGUUUGGUGUCGCUUAUAUAAAAAAUGUUCGAUUUUUCCAGGAUAAUCUUUCAACAGGACGUUUAGCGGAUCUCAUUGUCGCUGCUUGUUACGAUCUUUCCGGCAUGGGUGAAGGUUUAUACAAACCACCAUCACGUGCAAAUCAGGACGAAUUGUAUAGUCAUACAUAUGAAAAACUACAAACAAUUAUUGCAUCGGCUGUUGCUAAUACAGAUGGUGAUGGUUCGAAGACGUAUUUACUACUGGGACCGAUUGGUACAGGCGCAUUUGCAAAUAGUAUAGACAUGAUUGCUAAGAUCUUCUCGGAAAUUUUGAACAACCCAUUAAUGAAUUCUCAGUCGGAUGAUUCGUCGAUGAAUGGUAAGAACGCAAUUCGGUAUGCAUUCAAAGAGAUUUGGUUUGUGUCAAUUGAUGAACUCGGAGACUUUAAAACAUAUUUCGAAGGUGUUAAAUCAAACAAAGACAGUGAACAACUAUGA